CAGCCCACCACUUCCCCUGCUUUCCUCUCGGGCCUCCGGCGACGACACGACUCCUCUCGACCUCGCCGUCGUCCUCGCCUGCCGCCGCGUCCAGGCCCACCGGCGCUGGCGGCGACCCUCCCCGGCCAGCGAACAGAGGAUGAUGGGGAGCAACAGCGCCGGGGGCGGAGGCGGGGGCGCCAUGGCUCCGGGGGGCAUGGGGGGAGGAGGGCAGCCCAUGGGGGCGGCAUCCUCCGGCGGCGGCGGCGGCGACGGGCGGCACGACGACGAGGUGGUCCUCACCGAGUUCCUCUCCUCCCUCAUGGACUACACCCCCACGAUUCCGGACGAGCUGGUGGAGCACUACCUUGGCCGCAGCGGCUUCCACUGUCCCGACCUCCGCCUAACGAGGCUGGUUGCUGUAGCCACCCAAAAGUUCAUUUCGGACAUUGCAAGCGAUUCUCUUCAGCACUGCAAAGCCAGGGUAGCAGCACCUAUCAAAGACAACAAGAGCAAGCAACCUAAGGAUAGGCGGCUUGUAUUAACAAUGGAUGAUCUUUCUAAGGCCUUGCAAGAGCAUGGUGUGAACUUGAAACAUCCUGAGUACUUCGCAGAUAGCCCUUCAGCAGGAAUGGCUCCUGCGGCAAGAGAGGAGUAGACUCAACUUAAUUCUGAAACCAGGGGCUAUGUAGGGAGCAUGCAGAUGAAUGACCAUGUCGGCAUCCUUACCCGGCCUUAUUACAACAUGCAAAUGAAUGACCGUGUCGGCAUCAUUAUCGAUCGACCUUAUUACAAGUUUACAACUUGAUGACUGUUCCUUGAUAUACUGUUGACUACUAGCUUAGUAGCUUGUAACUAAUACCGCUGGUUGCUUCUGUACUUAUUCUGAGGUACUAUCUGUGCUGAUUGAUUCGUCUGUGUGAAACCUGUUUUAAUUGCCUGGUGGAUCCUUCACAGCUGAAGGUUUUGAUCGACUAAUCAACUUCGCAGCCUA